GUUCAAUCGAUACCACUGACCCCGCGGAGGUGUAUGACGUGGACGGGUUCAGUGUGCCGCCCAGCACGAUCGCGGCGCUGCAGGCGGGCGGCAAGAAGGUGGUGUGCUACUUCAGCUUCGGCACCUUCGAGAGCUACCGCCCUGAUUCUGACAGCUUCCCGAAGCGCGUCAAGAAGGGCCGAGUGUGCCAGGACCGGUGGUGCCGCAAGUGGUGGCCGGGGGAGCGGUGGCUGAACGUGAAGGACCCGGUGGUGAAGCAAAUCAUGGAGAAACGCGUGCAGCUAGCAGCAAGCAAGGAGUGUGAUGGCAUCGAGCCGGACAACAUCGACGCGUACAGCAACCGCCUGAAUGUGUGGCUGCCACCCUUCUCCAGGAGUGUGCGCAUCAGCAAGAAGGACCAGAUUCGGUACAACUCGUGGAUCGCAGACACCGUGCACAGGCACGGCAUGAGUGUGGGGCUCAAGAAUGCUUUGACCAUUGCAGGGGCGCUGGUGAACAAGUUCGACUGGGCGUUGGUGGAGGAGUGCAACGCGUUCAGUGACUGGAGCGGUGGGGAGUGGUACAAGGGCAAGUACGAGUGCGACUAUGUGAAUGUGUUCAUAAAGGCGAACAAGGCAGUGUUUGUGGCGGAGUACACAUCAGCAUGGGGCACGGCUGCAGGGAGGGCGAACGGCAUUCAGUUCCCCCAGCGCCUGUGUGCGGACAACAAUGCACACGGCUUCUCCACGCGGCUGCACGAUCUCGACUUGGGCCCCACCAAGUUCCCCUGGGCGGACUGCCUGCAGCACCAGCCAGCGGGGUGCGCUGGUGCUGCCUGGCAGCUGUGCGUGCAACCCGCUGUGUACGCCGGUUCGCCUCGUUUCCUCUCCCUUGGUCUCUCUCCUCCUCGCACCUGGUUCCUGUUUUCCGCCCAUCUCCCCCCUCUUCCCCGAAUGGUAGCGCCCGCCGCAAUGAGCGCGAGAGCCGCCAUCACCGCACGCGCCGCCAAUGCCGUCGCACCAUGCGCAAUUUCCGCUAUGCCCGCACUCAGCGGCACGGGUUCACGAUGCGCCGUGCGCGCAGCCGGGUGCUGCCGGUCGCGCCGCUGCCUCCCUGCCGCCCCUGCGCACCGAUCUCUGCCGGCCCGCGAAACCGUCAUCGCAGCCGUCCAUUCGCACGAGAACGGACGGUCGAUGCCGCUGGGAACAGGCCGAAGCGGCAAGGCAGCGCAAUUCCCGCCGCGGAUCGCGGGGAUUACGGAGCCACAUAGCCUAAGCACAUCUGCUUCGAGUUACUCUCAAGCAGGAGCGUUGAGCGGUGGAGAACGGUACCUGCACCUGUUGGACCGCCACCCCCUGGCGGUGAAGGCGGGCACAUCCAUGCUGCUCAACCUGCUGGGGGACCUCUUCUGCCAGCUGGUGGUGGAGGGAGGGCACGGGGUGGAUGCGAGGAGGGCCGCCACCAUCUCCCUGCUGGGGCUGCUGCUAGUGGGCCCCACGCUGCACGUCUGGUACUCGCUGCUGUUCCGCGUGGUCUCAGUGCAGGGCACUCCCGGCACUCUCAUCCGCCUCGCCCUUGACCAGCUCCUCUUCUCGCCGCUCUUCAUCGCCACCUUCUUCUCCAGCCUCCUCACCCUUGAGGGCCGUCCCGCCGCCAUCCCUGACGUGCUAAAGCAGGAGUGGGCCAAGGCGGUGGUGGCCAACUGGAAGGUGUGGAUUCCCUUUCAGUUCCUCAACUUCCGCUUCGUGCCGCUGCACCUUCAGGUCGCAGCAUCCAAUGUAAUCGCACUGCUGUGGAAUGUAUACCUCUCCUUUGCAAGCCAUCGUGGUGUGAAGGAGAUGUAA